UUGCCUGUAAACUAUCACCCAUGGUGCAUUUGUGAGACUUCCACUAGUGUGUGCUUAACGUUAGUGCUUAGCUGUUUGGACUGGAGUCGACUAGAUAAAACAGUUCCUCGUUGAGGAUUAUUAGGACAACGAUCUAUUCAGUAGAUCUGUGGAUAGGUCUACUGGUAUAGUAGUGCACUAUUCAUCCGUGCUUCACAUCGCUUUAGAGUUGCUCCACACAGUGACUCGGCAGAUAUUGUGACGACUGGGAUUCCCUGUGGUAUCCAGACCCAGCCAGGAACAUGACCAUGUUCAGCACGGGCAUCCUUGUGCUGACGUCUCCUCUCCACACCCUCCCGUUGCGCAUUGUUCCAGUGCUCAGCUCAGCUGCUCAGAUUGUAGAGCGCACACUGUACGUCCACCUCCACCCUGGGCUAAACCUGGGAAGUGGGAGCCAGCCUCGACCAGUUUUCAUUCCACCAGUAGUGGACAUGUCUGCACUCAUUACCCGCCUUUACAGCAAUGCAGCUGAUGUAUGCGGGCACCUGGAUGUUCGUGUUUUGCUGACCAAUGUUCGCGCUCAGUCAGCUGCCUGCAGCGGGACCACAAUCCCAAACUGCCCCUUCCCCACACCACAAUCUCUGUCUCACUCCCCGGAGGUGGUGCUAACAGACUUUGCUCUGCAGGACCCAGGUCAGUCCAAUCAGGUUACGCAGUGUCUGCAGAGGUACACAGGCAACUGCUACGUCUGUAGCCCCAGCCUGCAGUCAGUGCUGCUUCACCCACAGCUAAUGAGGCUGCAGGAGAAAGAGGAAGGGCUGAACGAGUCUGAAGAAAAGGCAGAACCCUUGGAGACCUACAGUGACGUGGUGGUAGGGGGGACAUUUGACCGGCUCCAUGGGGCCCACAAGACGCUGCUCAACAUUUCAUGCCUGUUAGCCAAUAGAAGGUUCCUUAUUGGUGUGUGUGACCAAGCAAUGCUGAAAAAAAAAGUGCUGAAGGAGCUGGUCGAGCCCUACUCUCUGCGGACCCAGAGAUUACAGGAGUUUGUGGAAGACAUCAAACCCUCACUGCAGGUGGAGAUCGUGCCCCUUGACGACCCCUAUGGGGUAUCUGUGGUUGACCCCUUGCUACAGUGCAUUGUGGUUAGCGAGGAGACUAGAAAGGGAGGCAUGGCUGUCAACAAGAAACGCAUUGAGAACGGCCUCCCAGCUCUCAUCCUCCAUGAGAUCCAGUUGUUGAAAGAUGCCCACCAUACUGAGACAGAGGAGGAGAAGAUCAGCUCCUCCAGUCUACGUUCUCGUCUGCUGGGCACCCUCCUUACCCCGCCUGAAGACACAUCCCAUAUCGCUCCACUUCCAUACGUGAUUGGCCUGACAGGAGGCAGCGGCAGUGGAAAGAGCUCCAUCGCCAGGCAGCUGGAGGCCUUGGGUGCCGUCCGGAUCGACUGUGACAAGCUGGGCCAUGAGGUGUACCAGCCCGGCACUGCAGCAUAUCGCAGAGUGCUUGAAGAAUUUGGGUCAGAUCUUCAAAAUGCAGAUAAAACCAUCAACAGACGUGCAUUAGGAAGGAAGGUUUUUGGAAACCAGGAGCGGUUAAAAGUCCUAACAGACAUUGUAUGGCCUGAGAUUGCACUUCUGGUUAAGAACAGAAUCAGCCAAGCCAGAGAGGAAGGGAAACAAGUUUGUGUGUUGGAUGCAGCAGUUCUUCUGGAGGCCGGCUGGACCGACAUGGUCCACGAAGUCUGGGUCACUGUCAUCCCUGAGGAGGAGGCAGUUUUAAGGAUAACAGAGCGAGACGGUGUUACCACAGAGGAUGCCCUGCGCCGGCUGCAGAGCCAGUGGUCCAACAGUAAGCAAAUAGGGCACGCCAACGUGGUGCUUAGCACACUGUGGGAGCCAGAGGUUACUAGGAAACAGGUACUGAAAGCUUGGAAUCUUCUUCAGAAGAGAAUCCAACACAGGCAAGAGGGACAUGCAUUGGUCACUACAUCAUCCCAGCUGUGACCCCAUGCAUACAGAACAAGCAUGUAUCAGGCCCAGGGACAUGUGCGCACUAAUGACUGAUCCACAUAAGGAAACGCUGCCUUAGAAAUAAGUGAGGACUGUGCCAUUGCAGCAAACCCAACAAGUUCUCUCACUUCUUUGACCAAGACUCUGUGCCUAACUGAGUUUCCACAGGUUUUUAAAAUCUAGUUCUGUUUUAAGACGCGUAGUCUGAAGAUGGAUGAGGGAAAAAAAGAACUUCAUAAAUGAUCCCGAACAAAAUUAUUUUGGAAUUUGAAAGCUGGAAUUCAUGUUUGGGAUUAAUAAAGUGUUAUUUUAUCCAAAUAUCUUUUUUAUGAAUGGCAUGCCUUUAAAUAGGUACUGUUGUUUAAAUGAUAUGCUCACCAUUCAGCAAUUCCAGAUCAUUUCGAGGUGAGGUAAGAUUGUUGAAAGAUUGUAUGAUUGCCACUGUUAAUUCAUAGGAUUAAAUGUUGUGUUAUUUGUGAUUUCAGAGUUGGGAGAAUAUUUUAACAAAUUCACUAUCAUUAUCAAAUGAGGCAUUACAAACUACCCAACAAGAUACAUUGUAUUUGAGAAAUAUGUGCAAUAGAUAGGAUAUGUUAUACUACCAGUGUAGAUGUUGAAAUACACUGUGCCCUCAAAAAGAUGACAUAGUCAAAAUGUACAUUGAAGGAAAACACAAUGACUUGAAAAAAUAUCUUUGAAAUAUCUUGUAAUAAAAUGUUGAAAAAUC